AUGUUGAGUAAAGGCUGUGCCAUUAAUAUUUUAUUCGCUAUUCAAAAAAGUCAUUUCAUUCCUUUGAGACAAUAUGCUGAUGGACAAAUAACUUCAUCUAUGUAUUGUAGACUUGUUAAAGAAGGAAAAAUUAGGCAUGACGAUUUCCAAUUUUCGGUUGUCAGACAACUUGAUGAACUUUGUAAGGAGUUACACUCAUACUAUAACAGAAGUCGAUUAUUAUCAGUGAUUAGUAGUCAAAGUGCUCCUAGAGGUAUUUAUCUGUACGGUUCUGUGGGUUGUGGGAAGACUAUGUUAAUGGAUUUGUUUUAUGAGUGCUGUAGUCUCGAUUACAAGUGGAGAACUCACUUCCACUCAUUCAUGUUUGAAGUACAUGGAAGGCUACAUGCUGUUCGUUCAUCUGCUCCAAGAAACAAAAAAUCAUUUGAUCCUAUUCCUCCAGUAGCAAAAAGUAUCAUUGAUCAAUACAAAUUGUUAUGCUUCGAUGAAUUUCAGGUUACAGAUAUUGCAGAUGCAAUGAUAUUAAAACGAUUAUUUGAGAAUUUAUUUAAUCUUGGCGCUGUUGUUGUUGCCACAUCAAAUCGUUGUCCGGACGAUCUAUAUAAGAAUGGGUUACAACGUGUAAACUUUGUACCUUUCAUAGGUCUUCUUAAAGAAAAGUGUCAUAUAGUCAAUUUGGAUUCUGGUGUGGAUUACCGUACAAAAAUAAGUGAAACAUUAUUCAAAGAAUCAGAUCUUCCCCUGUAUCUAGAUUAUUCUACUGGAAAUGACGAUAUACAUAAUCAACUUGAAAAAUGGUUUACAAAAUUAACAACUGAAGAUGGACAUGUUGGACCACCAGUAGUUGGAACAAUUUCAACAUAUGGGCGUGUAGUUACCUUUAAACAAACUGGUGGAAAUAUUUUAAAAUGUACAUUUGAUGAGUUGUGCAAUGUGCCUUUAGGUGCCGCUGAUUAUAUGAAUUUAACUAAACGUUUUCAUACAAUAAUUUUAUAUGAUGUACCACAAAUGGGAAUGCAUAAUUUACCAAGUUUAAAACGUUUUACACAUUUCAUUGAUGUUCUAUAUGAUACACAUACUCGUCUUAUUAUUGGUGCUAAUUGUUCACUUGAAAAUUUAUUAUUAUUAUCUAAUAAUGAUACAUCUUCUAUUGAAUUACACUUUCAUCAUCGUCAAUUAAUGGAUGAUUUAAAGAUGAAUAUGGAUCAUUCAACGAAUAUGAAAGCGUCAAUAUUUACAGGUGAUGAAGAUUUGUUUGCUUAUUCUAGAACAUUAUCCAGAUUACGUGAAAUGCGUUCAAAAGUAUAUUGGGAUCAAAGUGGACCAAAUCGUAAAAUUGACUAA